GACAACGACACUGGGCACGAGUUUCUUGAAAAGGGCAAUAGACACAUUGGAGGUGGAAGUGGUGUGAAAGAGGAGGGACUUGAGACUUCAGUUUGCGUUUCACUGUGGAAACUGCAGGGCGCUCGCGCUCGGUUCUGUCGGACUGACCGUAGUGCCACGGAACUGCCCGCGCGCUUCUCACGCGCGUAUCUAGUUUGCGCUGACAUUACCGUCACACAUUAAACUCCCACAACUGUGCCCACUACCGACAGUGGACCAUUCGUAAACCCGGCAAAGUCUUUUUUUUUUCUUGUAAGAGACUCUCUUCCAUGCGAGGAUGUAAAUUUCCUGAGGAGGAUUUUGAUUCGUGCCAUGGUUUUGACCCGCGUGCUCCUCACAGAAAUGGGCCGCUCCGCAUCUACGGGUACAUGAAUCUGAGUUCCACCGGCCAGAUGCCUGAGAUGGAAGAAGUAGAUACCAAUGAGAGCAACGGCUUGGCGAAGACGGUUGCUCUCAUCAGCUUCCUGUCACUGGUCAUGCUCAUGAGCGUCCUGGGCAACCUGCUGGUUAUGGUGGCCGUCUGCAAGGACCGGCAGCUCAGGAAAAUCAAAACCAACUACUUCAUCGUCUCGCUGGCGUUUGCUGACCUUCUGGUGUCAGUGCUGGUGAUGCCGUUUGGUGCCAUAGAGCUGAUCCAUCAGAACUGGAUCUAUGGAGAGACCUUCUGCCUGGUCCGCACCUCUCUGGACGUGCUGCUGACCACCGCCUCCAUCCUACACCUGUGCUGCAUAUCCCUUGACAGGUACUAUGCCAUCUGUUGCCAGCCACUGGUCUACAGGAAUAAGAUGACACCACUGAGAGUGGCUCUAAUGAUCGGAGGAUGCUGGAUAAUCCCAACCGUUAUUUCCUUCUUACCCAUAAUGCAGGGCUGGAACAGUAUUGGAAUAAAUGAUUUGAUAGAGAAGCGGAAGUUCUCUGGCAACUCCACAUCUUGUGUGUUCAUGGUGAACAAGCCAUACGCUCUGACCUGCUCAGUCGUGGCCUUCUACUUACCGCUGAUCCUGAUGGUGCUGGCGUACCAACGCAUCUACAUCACGGCACGGGCACACGCCCGACAGAUCAGCAUGCUGCAGCGGGCCGGAGGAGCAGGAAACGCAGACAGCGCAGACCACCAACGCAACCACCGCAUGCGAACUGAGACGAAGGCGGCCAAGACUCUGUGUAUCAUCAUGGGUUGCUUCUGCCUGUGCUGGGCCCCUUUCUUCAUCACGAACGUGGUGGACCCUUUCAUAGACUACAGUGUUCCUGAGCAGCUGUGGGCGGCCUGCCUCUGGCUGGGUUACAUCAACUCCAUGCUCAACCCCAUCCUCUACGCCUUCCUCAACAAGUCCUUCCGUCGUGCCUUCCUCAUCAUUCUCUGCUGCGGACACAAGCGCUACCGCCGACCUUCCAUCUUGGGCACAGGAGCGACCUGCACGGCCACGCAGAUCAACGGCUCUACACACGUCUUGAAAAAAAUGGCACCUAACCCAAAGCAGUCAGGAAAACUGCAGAGAAAACGGAAAGAUGAAAGACAGCUUAAAGGAAGGAAAGGACUGAAGAUGAAUCAGUGGAGAGAGGACCAAAUGAAAGCUGCAAUCGAGGAAUAUAAAGAGCAGGUAGAGUCGGGGAGGCCUGCGCUGCGAUUGCUCGCGAGGAAGUGGAACGUGCCAAAAACAACCCUUCAAAGACGCGUGAAAGGGCUUGUUGAGGGAUCUGAGCACGCGUCUGGAAGAAAGCCAUUCAUCCCUGUUGAAUCAGAGCGGGAGUUAGCUCGUCUUCUCACCUUGCUUUCACAGAGAGGCUUCCCGUUGAGGAGGGCUGAUGUUCAAUCAUUUGCUUUUGAGUUUGCCAAGAUAAAUGGGAUUCGAGGGUUUUCAGAAGAGAAGCAAAAGGCAGGCUAUUACUGGUUCGAGGGCUUUAUAAAGCGAAACCCAGGACUGAAGAUAAAGAAACAAGGGGCGAUAUCACCAGCUACAAGGAUGAAUGAAGAAGAGCUGGGAAAAUGGUUCAGAAUGUACGAAAUCACCCUUGAUAUGUUGGGAAUUAAAGACGUUCCUUCACAUAUUUGGAAGUGUAAUGUAUCAGGACUACAAGACGACUUCUCCUCUCAGCGAUAUGUCAGGGAAGGAGAAGAGCCCUGCUUUCAGAUCAGAGCUGAGGAGGAAGAGGAAACCGCCUCCACGGUACUAGCGGCAUUCAAUGCCAGUGGUACAUUUGCUCCUCCACUUAUCAUUUUCAAAGAAAAUAGGGUGAGAAGUGAGUGGUUAAAAGAAUCCCUAGAAAGCGUGUGUGUGAGGGCAUCGAAUAAUGGCUGGAUAACAUCAGAGAUGUUUGUUGAGUGGGGCGAAAUGUUUGUGGCACAGCUCCCAAAAGAUGACGCCAGACCCCACCUUCUGCUCCUCGAUGGCCAAAGCAGCCACAUAUUCAACCUCGGCUUUUUCAAUCUCAUGAACCAGAACAAUGUGGAAGUCAUAUGCUAUCCUGCACUGCAACCGGCAAACAGAGCUCUGUUCAGGAGUCUCAAACACAACUGGUGUGAAGUGAGUCGCAAGUGGAAUCAGCAAUGCGCAGACGUGAAGUUCCCCAAAGCACAUUAUUGUUCUGUUUUCACAGAAGCAUGGAAGAUGACUGCCACUGUGGAAAGAGCCCAGGAUGGGUUCAGGACAACAGGGAUGUACCCAAUAAAUGAGCUGGCCUCCAGUGAGCAUGAACCUCCUCCUGCCACCCUGUCCCGUUUGGAAAGUAACACGCCGCCCACUGCACAUUGCAGCACAGAAAGCGGCUCUGAUGUGCUGUCAGCUGUUGAAGUGGCAUCAUUCAAAGACUUUGUGGUCAUACAAAAAUGUAACAGGGGUAUAAAGACACCCAGAGCCAAGACAAUACCACAUUUCCACAGAAACACAGAACAGCUUCUUUAUAAUGAACAUUUAAAACAAAAAACAUUUAAAACUCCCUAUAAAUGCAGGGGCUGUUUCAUAAACCACAGCGCAGAUGAUGAUCCGAAAGCUUCUGAAGCGUGGAUCAGAUGCAGCAACUGUAAGGCCUGCUACCAUGAGUCUUGUGCCGACGAGGAUGGGAUUUAUGAAUGGGUUUAUGAUGUAGAUGGUGAAAACUGAUCAACUGAAGCAUGGAAUGAGCAUGAAAAGAUGAAUCACAGAAUGUAUGAUUUCUUUGAUCAUUUUUUCAGUCUAGCGGCGUUAAACUCUUGUGCUGUGAAAAUCAGCUUUUAAGAUUGAAUGGACUGUCACAGCCUUGUUUUCAUUUGUUUCAAAUUAAAUUAAUUAAAUUGACUAAGGUCCAUUAAUGUUUGGACACACCUUAAAUAGUCAGUAUUCUGUUUACAGUCUUUUAAGACAACUGACAAGGAGUAAUAAACGUUUUUUUUUUU